GAACCGAGCGCUCCUGCGGCCCCGGAGCCAGAGCGGCCGCCGCGCCCCCGAAGCCCGGCCCGGCCCCGCCCGCUGGGGCCCCCGCAGGCCGAGGCCACCGGGCGGGGGGCGGGGACGCCCAACUUGGGGCGCGGCACAGACCGGCUCUCCCCAGAUCGCCCAGCCCCGGAGCGCCACGGCUGUGGCCAGACGGCGGGAGCUGAGUGCGGAGAGCGGAGGCGGCCGGUGGCUCCUGCGCUGUAGCCCCGGCCUCGGCCCGUGCGCGAAUUCUUAUUUUUUUCAAACGACUCAAACUUUGCUCCUUCCCCUGCUGGCUGGGGUCCCCGUCGCCUUGGAAUUGCUGUCUGGAUUCCCGCGGGGACGCCGGGACGCGAUCGCCUUGCCGGGAUUCCUCGGUGGCGGCUCGGCUAACUUCCUGGACUCGGGGACCCGGAGCGUUCUCCCUGCAGCUCAACCCCGUCCUCGCUCUGCUCCCGCGCUCGGGAAAGCCGGGACCUGGGGGCGCCUUCGCCGUCCGGAAGGAAGGGUACCCAGCCUGGUCCCCCUUGGGUCGAGCUGCUGAGCCCACCGCACCCGCCGUAGGACUGGAGCCAGCUGCUUAACCGCGCGGCCUCUGCGCCCCGCUCGGCUGAGAGGGGCGUCCCCUGGGCGGGGAAACGACAAGUUUGUCAGUCGUCUGGGGUUCGUGGGAUCGGAGCUCCGCCACCGCACCAGAGAGGUCCCGCUCCUUGCAUCCCGGGAAGACAGCCUCGGGGACCCGGGGCGGCUCGGCUGUCCGGCUCCUUGGACCAGGGCGCUGGCUGCUGAGCCGGGAGCGCAGAGGCACCGAGGGCCGGGCCAGCGCCCCCUGCGUCCCCAGGGAGGGCAGCGGCCCCGCUGGAGGAGAAAGCCAGGUCGCCGCCCUCUCUGUCGCGUCUCAGGGAAAAGGGGGGAAGGCAGAGGGCAUCGCGGUGCCCCGGCGGAUGCGCCCCCCGCCGCCUCUCAGGCUGCGCCGCCUCGCGGGGAUGAAGCACCGGCCGUGAAGAUGGAGGUGACCUGUCUUCUACUCCUGGCGCUGAUCCCCUUCCACUGUCGGGGACAGGGAGUCUACGCUCCAGCCCAGGCUCAGAUUGUGCAUGCGGGCCAGGCCUGUGUGGUGAAAGAGGAUAACAUCAGUGAGCGGGUCUACACCAUCCGGGAGGGCGACACCCUGGUGCUGCAGUGCCUGGUCACUGGGCACCCUCGACCCCAGGUGCGGUGGACCAAGACUGCAGGGAGCGCAUCUGACAAGUUCCAGGAGACAUCGGUGUUCAAUGAAACGCUGCGUAUUGAGCGCAUUGCACGCACACAGGGUGGUCGCUAUUACUGCAAAGCGGAGAACGGAGUGGGCGUACCGGCCAUCAAGUCCAUCCGCGUGGACGUGCAGUACCUGGAUGAGCCUGUGCUGACUGUGCACCAGACAGUGAGCGAUGUUCGAGGCAACUUCUACCAAGAGAAGACGGUGUUCCUGCGCUGCACCGUCAACUCCAACCCGCCUGCCCGCUUCAUCUGGAAGCGAGGCUCUGACACCCUGUCCCACAGCCAGGACAAUGGGGUUGACAUCUACGAGCCCCUCUAUACCCAGGGGGAGACCAAGGUCCUGAAGUUGAAGAACCUUCGGCCCCAAGACUACGCCAGCUACACCUGCCAGGUGUCCGUGCGCAAUGUGUGUGGCAUCCCAGAUAAGGCCAUCACCUUCCGGCUCACCAACACCACAGCACCACCAGCACUGAAGCUGUCUGUGAAUGAAACUCUGGUGGUGAACCCCGGGGAGAAUGUGACGGUGCAGUGUCUGCUAACAGGCGGUGACCCCCUCCCUCAGCUGCAGUGGACUCAUGGGCCUGGCCCACUGCCCCUGGGUGCUCUAGCCCAGGGUGGCACCCUCAGCAUUCCUUCAGUACAGGCCCGGGACUCUGGCUACUAUAACUGCACAGCCACCAACAAUGUGGGCAACCCAGCCAAGAAGACGGUCAACCUGCUGGUUCGAUCUUUGAAGAAUGCCACCUUCCAGAUCACCCCCGAUGUGAUCAAGGAGAGUGAGAACAUCCAGCUGGGCCAGGACCUGAAGCUGUCUUGCCAUGUGGAUGCGGUGCCCCAGGAGAAGGUGACCUACCAGUGGUUCAAAAAUGGCAAGCCAGCACGUAUGUCCAAGCGGCUGCUGGUGACCCGCAAUGACCCGGAGUUGCCCGCCGUCACCAGCAGCCUGGAGCUCAUUGACCUGCACUUCAGUGACUACGGCACCUACCUGUGCAUGGCGUCCUUCCCAGGGUCACCCGUCCCUGACCUCAGCAUUGAGGUCAACAUCUCCUCUGAGACAGUGCCACCCACCAUCAGUGUCCCCAAGGGCCGGGCCGUGGUGACUGUGCGUGAGGGCGCUCCUGCCGAGCUCCAGUGCGAGGUUCGGGGCAAACCCCGGCCGCCCGUGCUCUGGUCCCGCGUGGACAAGGAGGCCGCCCUGCUGCCUUCGGGACUGGCCCUGGAGGAGACUCCAGACGGCAAGCUGCGGCUGGAGCGUGUGAGUCGCGACAUGAGCGGCACCUACCGAUGCCAGACAGCUAGAUACAAUGGCUUCAACGUGCGUCCCCGGGAGGCCCAGGUGCAGCUGACGGUGCACUUCCCGCCCGAGGUGGAGCCGGGUUCCCAGGACGUGCGCCAGGCGCUGGGCCGGCCGGUGCACCUGCGCUGCUCCCUCCUGCGCGGCAGCCCCCAGCGCAUCGCCUUGGCCGUGUGGCGCUUCAAGGGGCAGCUGCUGCCCCCGCCGCCUGUGGUCCCCGCAGCCGCCGCGGAGGCCUCGGAUCACGCCGAGCUGCGGCUCGAUGCCCUGACUCGUGACUCCAGCGGAACUUACGAGUGCAGCGUCUCCAACGACGUGGGCUCAGCCACCUGCCUCUUCCAGGUCUCCGCCAAAGCCUACAGCCCGGAGUUUUACUUCGACACCCCCAACCCCACCCGCAGCCACAAGCUGUCCAAGAACUACUCAUAUGUGCUACAGUGGACCCAGAGGGAGCCAGAUGCAGUGGACCCCGUGCUCAACUACAGACUCAGUGUCCGCCAGUUGAACCAGCACAAUGCCGUGGUCAAGGCCAUCCCUGUGCGGCGUGUGGAGAAGGGGCAGCUGCUGGAGUACAUCCUGACUGAUCUCCGUGUGCCCCACAGCUAUGAGAUCCGCCUCACGCCCUACACCACCUUUGGGGCUGGUGACAUGGCUUCUCGGAUCAUCCACUACACAGAGCCCAUCAACUCUCCGAACCUGUCAGAUAACACCUGCCACUUUGAAGAUGAGAAGAUCUGUGGUUACACCCAGGACCUAACAGACAACUUUGACUGGACACGACAGAAUGCUCUCACACAGAAUCCCAAGCGUUCCCCAAAUACUGGUCCCCCCACGGACAUCAGUGGCACCCCUGAAGGCUACUACAUGUUCAUUGAGACAUCUAGGCCUCGGGAGCUGGGGGACCGGGCAAGGUUGGUGAGUCCGUUGUACAAUGCCAGCGCCAAGUUCUACUGCGUCUCUUUUUUCUACCACAUGUAUGGGAAGCACAUCGGCUCCCUCAACCUCCUGGUGCGGUCCCGGAACAAAGGAACUCUGGACACACAUGCCUGGUCCCUCAGCGGUAAUAAGGGCAAUGUGUGGCAGCAGGCCCAUGUGCCCAUCAACCCCAGUGGGCCCUUCCAGAUUAUUUUUGAGGGGGUUCGAGGCUCUGGCUACCUGGGGGAUAUUGCCAUAGAUGACGUCAUGCUGAAGAAGGGAGAGUGUCCCCGGAAGCAGAUGGAUCCCAACAAAGUGGUGGUGAUGCCAGGCAACAGAGCCCCCCGCUUGUCCAGCCUGAAGCUCUUCGGACCCAUGGCCAUCUUUUUCUUGGCAUGGCAGAGAUGAUGAGCGCUGCGUGGAUCCCCCACCCCGCCCCCGGAACACCAAAGUGUCCACAUCGUACCAAAGACUGACCCCUGCCAGCUGGGGUGCCCAGGGGCAUGGCCGGCUCGCCAGGAAGGGGGCCUUCAUUGGCUUCAAGGAUGAUCAGAGAACAAAGACAGAAGCCAGGAUCUGAGGCUCUGGAGACGGUUGUUGGAUACACGCACACACUCACACACUUACACUCCCACACACAGAUAUAUUAAAGCACAACUUUCUAUCCAACCUGCCAGCACCUUCUUUACUGCGGAUUCAGGGGACUUGCCUGAGCGGCAUCCAGGGACCUCAAUACAACACAGGCCUCAUCUUGGCUACACGGAGCUGUUUCUGACCUUGCCCUGACUCGAGGCCAAAUGGCUGACACAUCUGACUCGGGCUCCUUGGUUGAAGGAUACAGAGAUCAGAGGAGGGACUUUGUGAGCUUUGUGACUGUCCUUUGUCCAAAGACUGACAAGGAAGAGCCACCUGCUGCACUUAACUGUCCCGAGUAUAGUAUAUAUAGAUGGUGGAGGCCCCAGUUGACCCAGAUUCCCUUGACCUGUUUCUGGGAUGUCAUACCGUACUCCCUGCUGUGCCUGCUUGGAAGGGACCCAGUGUAAGGCUUAGGGCCUGUGCAGUAUGAGGCCAGUCUCCUGAUCCUGCCCCACCCCUCCCAGCAGCUGGACUCUACCCUAGCCUCAGCCCCAGCUUCGGACUUCAGCAGCAGCUUCCAAGCGGUAGCCAGGCCAUUUUUCCAGGGUGUGGUUUGACUUUGAGAAGGGCACAGAGCCCUGCUUCUAGCCGCCCCCACAAAAGACACUGGAUCUGGGAGCGGAGUGGAACCCCCUGUUUCUUACAUAUUUGACCUGAUGGAGUCCUAUAAGGAGGGGGCUGUGGAGGGCAGAGCACUGUCUAGUUGGCUCAAUAGAAAGGUGGGGUGAUGGAUGGGAGCAGUCACCAGUCUUCUUGUGCCCUGAGAUCUGGGAAGGACUACUUGUCCUUGGAGCUUGAGGUUGAUGGAUGGAAUUUAGAGCUUUUGUCUUUGUCUCCCCUACUCCACACCCAGCUUCCAUGAGAGAGAGGAACCCCAGCCCCUUCCAGGAUGAGUCUUCAUGCACACAUACAUGUGGUAUGUCUGUGUGUGUGUGCAAGAGUGUGGGUGCUUAUCUGUGUCUAUGUACCAUUGUGCACAUCUCUGGACAGGAGUGCAUGCAAAUGAGUCUGUAUGUGAAUUGUACACAUCUGUCUGUUAGGUUGGGCGUAUGCCCCAUUUCUGUGGGUGACUAUCAGCAUGUAUGUUCUAUCUUCAUGACAACAUGUGUUGUGGGGUGCUGGCCCUAUUCUGUAGCCUGAGGCUCCCUGCCACAGCCUGAAAGCCCACCUUACAUCCUCUGUGGGUGACCGCAGACAACCCUAUUGAAGGCUAGCCCUAGGCUGGGGGCGUGGCCCGGGGCUCCUCCCAGAACAUUUGGUGGCACAGCUGCAGAGAAGAGGCUGGAACCCAGGCAGCACUGCAGUGCCAGGAGGCAGAUGGAGGAUCAAGGCCCAUGCUGCCCAGCUUCAGGCUCUGCUUGGCCUGAGUUAUCAUCAUCACCGAUAGCUGCUGAGUGGUGGGACCAGGCCUGCAGCGAGGCCUCUUGGUACCAUACAGUAUGGCUGCCUUCCUGGCCCCUUUAAGGUCUGUGUCUGAAGUGAGUUGCACUGGUUCCCAAUACACGCUUCCCUGGCAUCUGCUGGGCAUUGUUCCUUAAUUGUCCCAUCUGUGCAGAGUCUGUUGCCCCAACUAGACUGUGAGCUCCUCCUCCAAGCCCUCUCCCUCUACCCCUUCUCCCCUCCUCCACACUUGCCUAGCACAAGCAAGAUUAAGAUGGAAAUAUUGUUGAAUGGAUUUGAUCAGCCAAUGGUUCUCCAGUCCUGGCUACUGAACAGACCCCCCUUUAGGUGGGCCCCAGCCCAGACAGUGUGAUUUAAUGGGACCAGAAUGUCUGGCAUUAGAAAUACUGAGGCCCUUCAGAACCCAAGAGAGGAAAGACCUCUCAACUACAGGGCCUCUGGGAUUGCCAGAGAAACAGCCCUACCACUUCCUCCUUGGGGUUCCCACCCUGCCCUAGGCCUGCUCCCUAGAUUCAACCCUUGCCCUGACUGCUCCACUGUGGGGACUCAGCUCUGUAUCUCAGAGCCUGAUACAGGGAAACUACACAGUAGAUGUUAGCCCUAUGUUCCAGAAUUUUCUCUGUAAGGAGGGCAGCCAAGACUUGAGGGUGUGUGGCCCGCAGUUACAAAGUAUGUGUGUGUGUGCUGAAAAGUCUAUCCUUGUGUAUGAGUGAGUGUGAUCAGGGUGUGCAUGUCCAUGUGAGCCAGUGGUGGGCAGGCCUGUGGUGUCUGCACUUAGGUCUCUGCAGGGUUGAGAGUCAGAGUAUGUGCACCCGUGAGUGUGUAGGGCAGGAGUGCAUCACUACACCUGUAUGUAUCCUUGUGGGUCAGUGGCGGGGUGAGUGGCAUGAACACCCCAGUCCCCGGGAGACCAGGCUGGCUGGAUCCAGUGUAUCUCCCCGUGGCAGCCUCAUCCACUAGGUAGGGUGAUUGAGGCAUAUUGUGGCCUUAAAACAGGGAGCCUGGAAGCAACUCUCAGGAUGCCUACAGGUUGGUGUCUGUGGGGAGAAAGGGUUCCUUGUAGCUGAAUAGCAACCAAUAGGCAAUCUAGGCUUGACCAUGUUGCCCCUGGGAAUGCAGGUAGCCAGCCUCCUGGUGGUACAUCUGAAGAUCAAGCCUCCUCCUCCCGGCACGCUCUCCCCACUAUCCCUCUUUCCCAUCUACCUUCUUUCUCCUAUUCUCUGGAUGCACACCAGUAUAGGCUGUCAGAACUCAGAUGGGCCUCAGCAGUACAGUCUUGAGGGAGGCAAAUGGAAAAACUGGAAUGGAGACAGGUAGAGCUGGCCCAAGCCUUUGGAGGCCAAGUGCUACGGCCCUGGCUGCCACUGGCUGCCACUCCUGUAAUCUCCUAACAGAAUAGCUACAGGGAGCUGGGGGGACCUGUCCUAUCUCAGGGUGCUAUAGAUGCUGCUGGAUCUGUUACACACAUGACAGGUGUUAGUGGGACUCACUAGGAAAGAGACCAUCUCCCUGACCUAUUCUGGCCGCUCCUCCCAGGACACAGACACUCCCAGCCCAUGGAGGGUGUGGGUGCUACACAGAAGCUGCCACUUUCUGCCCGUAGUGCUCACCAAGCCCUCCUGGCUCCAGAUUGAAGAGACUUUGUUUCCUCAUUGUUCACAGCUGUCUGCUCAAGAGGCAGGGCUGGGGACUGAGGCCUGCAGGUCAUCUAAUCCUCAUCCUCCUGAUUUUCUCUAAAGACCAGGAGGGUGUGCAGAGUGCUUGAGUUGUUCUCUACCUGGAUAGCCCCAGAGGGCUGGGAAGGGCUGGUUCCAGAACUAGACCCAGGGGUAUGACAGGUGAAUCUGCUCUGGAGAGUUCACCACAGGCCAUUGGCUGAGGGUGGGUUCAGGCUGUGCUCUAUUAUUCUGUUAGUGCUGUGUGUGUGUGUGUGUGUGUGUGUGUGUGUGUGUGUG